CUGGUCUGUUCUCUAGAAGGAGAUUUACAAUUGAAAGUGUGAAAAGGGAGCUCUGUCUUUCACUGACCUUUUUUCUCCUAAAAUAGGAGUGGCACCAUGAAGAUUCCUGAGGGCUCCCUACCAGACCUCUUGGAAUAUAAAAUAGACUACACUCCUGACCUACGGUGUGAGAAGCGAACUGAUUUGGUGCCCGUUUGCCAUAGCUGCAAAUCUUGCAUUUUGUCCUGGAAGAUUUUUGCUACCCAAGAAUGGUUUAUGAGAGCCAGCUCUAUUACUCAGAGACAAUUUGUAAUUGGAAUCAUUAAAAGAUCCAGAAAUCAGGACCUGCUGAAGUAUACUUGGAACUUCUUGAAGUCUGUCUAUAACAAGGACUUCAUUUGCAGCCAUUCUUCUGUCCCUUCCAGCUUCCUGGCUCCAUCUACCAUGGAUCGGGCACUGAAUCCACAGACCCUGAAGAAGUCCAUGUCAGACCUCUGGAAGUGGUUCUUAAAUGCCAGUUUCUGGACCAAAGCAAACUACACGCUGCUUAUGCUGCAGAUGUGCAACUCACAGUUGCUGUUUAUGGCUGCCAGCCUGGUCCGUGUCCUCUUGACCAAAGAUGUGAAGAUCUCCUCCAAAUCUUUGAAAAUUGAUGAGGGCAAAGCCAAAGAAGAACCACCUCAUGUGAAAGAGCUGCAGAAAUCUGGCUCCCGAGGUCUGAAUUUUCUUCCAUCGCACACUACUGGUAGUGCCUCAACGUUCGGAAGUUGUGUUUCUUCAGAGAAGACCAGCCUACUUGGCCGUCCACGGGUGAAAAGGGUUUGGUCAAAAGACUCUGAUCUAUCAUCUGGAGAUGCACCUGAGAGUGAGGAUGAAAACAGUGACUGGUUGGUUUCAUUGGAUGUCACUAGUUGGCCUCCUUCUCCCCAGAAGGUUGUCAUAUGCAUAGACUUCAUUCGCUGCCUGCCUAUCCAGCUGUCCAAACACAUUUUCAGAAUGCUGGACUCAAAGUCCCUUACCUGUUGUUCCCAUGUGAGUUCACACUGGGCCUUCCUGGUCAAAGAGAUUAGAAAGGACAUGACAACUCAUCAUGCUCUACAAAAUGAGACUCUCUUCUUUCAGGGAUCGUGUCCCAAAGGAGCAAUUCCUAGCUUUGCCAAAGUAGUCAAGGUUGCCAUUCCUCAAAUAAACAAAGCUGGGGAAAUUAUCCCAGUGACAGGACCCAAAGACAAGCUGCAGCCUCAGGAGUCUGUAUACAAGGAGUCUGUAUACAUGCAAAAAGGUUAUCAUAGCCAGCUAACGAAUACUGUCAUGCUGGAAGAGAGGAAUGUUUUCUGUAGCAGCUACAAUAUACGUUCUCUAAUGGGAAGUGUGGAUCCAGAUAGGGUGAUCCACUACAGUGGUGGGAAGCUGGUGGCCUUUGGUUCUGGGGAUCGCAAAAUUCAGUUUCUGGAUGUGAAUAAAGUGAAAAAAGUUCACCCUAUCCUUUCUGGCCAUGCUGGUAGGAUCCGUGCCAUAUACUUCAAUGAACAAAAACAGUUACUUCUAAGUGGCAGCUUUGAUCUCAGUAUCAGGAUGUGGAAUACCCAAACUGGAGCAUGUUUGAAAAUGUUUAAUGGUCACAGAGGAACCAUCAUGUGCUUGGAUUUGCACAAUAACACAUUUGUUUCUGGAUCGAGAGACUGCACUGCAAAAAUGUGGGAUAUAGAGACUGGAAAAUGCCUUAGGACUUUCAAGCACAAAGGUAUUGUUUGGGCUGCUAAAAUGAAUGAUGUUCAUGUUGUGAGUUCCUGUGACAGAGGCCUGGUGAAAGUGUGGCAUGUUGAAACGUAUGAACUGAUCAAGAUUUUAGAAGGACACCUAGGCCCUGUGAGAUGCCUGUCUUUUGAUAAUUGGCAUCUUGUGACAGGAAGUAAUGAUGGCUAUGUCCUGGGAUGGAGCAUGGUAGGAAAACACAAGAGAUGUCUGACGGCUUUCCGACACCCCAUGGAGGUGCUUUGUCUGGAAUUUCUCUAUCUCAGAGUCAUCAGUGGUUGUGCCGAUGGGAAGAUACGCAUAUUUAACUUCCUUACCGGGACCUGUCUGAGGAUUAUGAGAGUCAACGGCAGAGGUGACCCUGUGGUGUCCUUAUGUACUGCUGAAGACAAACUGCUGAUCAGUGCACAAGGCACAGUUCUUUUGUUCCAGUUUGAGAAGGUGAAGUGGAACUAUUUACUGAGUUCAGAUCGAAUAAGUAAAAAUAAAGAUAAGAUCAAAUCUGAUAACUCGUUCAGAGUAAAGACAUUUCUAUGUUCACACUCAGAAUGGAAGAAAGAAGCCCUAAAGAAGAACUGGAAGCUUUACAAGCCUGAGGAGACAAUGAUUACGUAUAGUGUUACUCAUCAGUCCAUAAGAAGAUCCAUUGGCAGUCCAGGCCCUUCUUAUGAAAUGGUGAAGGUACCUCAGUCCAGGGCCAGACAAAUCGGACCCCAGGAUAUUACACUAACUGAGAAAAAGAGGCUCUUGUCUCUUGCCAAGGCCAUUCAGCAGAAGAAUGACAAGGAUUCUGAAUUUGUUUCAUCUCUAAAAGGCUGUUCUGAUGAUGAAUCAAGACGUGAAUCUCCAGUCCCUCCCAUCUCUUUUCUUGCCCAUAAUUCUGGGGCUCUGCUGAAGUACAUGAAGACGCGAACAGCUCGUAGCCCUAUAAUUAAAGACCAGGCCCUGCUCACAAUCAGCACAAUGCAGCACGCCUACAAGGCUGACCAUGUCACUGCCAACAUGGCAUACAACAUGAAAAUCAAAGAUGCCUGGGGGCCUACCCAACUCCAGAAAGACCAGCCCAAAAAGACUCUGGCUUCCAAAAGUCCAAAGCCUCAAGACAUGGAUCCGUCAGCUCAGCUGAAACAACUGAAGGCUACAGGUGGCACUCUAGGUAUCAGUCGGAUUUCCACUGCCUACCAAACCAAAACUCUGCAACUCAACUUCAAGAACUCCCUGCUUGGAGAUAAUGUGCAGUCCUACAUUCCUGCUCCAUCAAUUACACGUUCCAAGUCAUGCAGCAGCUUGUUAGGAGAGUCAACGACAUAUCCUAGCAGUUCCAGGAUAUCGUCUCCCACAGUAGGUGGGCAGCAGCACGUUAGUUUCUUUACAAGCUCCAAUGAAUCCCUCAAAGUACCCCAAAUGAAGAUUGCCCAACCCGACAUUGAAGCGAUCUCAUCCAAAAAAGAACGCGUCUUUGCCAGUGAGCCAAACCCAUACCGGCUUAAUGUUGGAUUCAGACUGUUGACGCCACAGCAGUUUAAAGAGUAUGAAGAAGCUAAGGUACUCAAGUACCAGGCCAAUCAGACCAAAGUUAUAGCAGACCAACAAAAGGAGCGUAAGCGUGCGUGGCUAAGGAAAAUUAAAGGUCUUCCAAUACAUGGCUGCACCAAGGAGAAAAAAAUUGCUGCCCCAGAACUUGGAGAGAAUGUUACCAUUUGAACUCAGAUCUUCAAGGGCACCUGCUAGCUCUUCCAAACAAGCACGAAGGGGGAAACCUGAUACUAGAGAGUUUGGUAGCUGCUUGGAUCUUUGCCUUCAGUUGCAUCUUCCUUUCAAGAGACUGACAAAUUAUACUCAAUUUCUCUCACACUGGGAGAACCGAUAAGAAAAGUUCAGGGAGGCUACUUCCUUCCCCAAACAAAUGUAUGCAAGUUUAAAAUUGCUCCUGAUCAGUAGUGAAAGGCUUAUUAGCAGUGGCGCGUCAAUGAUCCUGUUUGUAAGCUUUUCUCAGUGACUCGUGUACUCCCAAAUGCUCCUCAUCCAGCCCAAAUAUUUACAGAAAGGCCCAAGCUCUGCAGUCUAAAUUGAGAUUAGCUACUGGUUAUAAAAGUGUAACUAAUAGACACAUUUUCAUAUAAUAAAACCAUCCUGAAGUAA